AUGGUCGAUCGCAAUUUAAAUGGAGAAUGGGGCUCCAAAGAAGAGGAGGAAACACCCCGUGCAAUGGACAUUAUAGAUGAGCAGUUACGGCACGACCAACUCCAAGAGAACAUACAUACAGAAGGGGAUCAGGAACCCCCUAUUAGAUUGGAACCUAUAGCAACUACUGAUCAAUUCGACUUGGAAGCACUAGAAAUGCUUUUUGAUGAUGAUGACCUAUUUGAAAUAGAACUUAUGGAAGAUGAGGAAAUAGAAGUAAACUUACCUUUUUUGGUAGACGAAGAAGAGCCAAACUAUUUGGAUCUUUCAGAAGAAGAAGAAGAACUACAGCAAUCCUCUGAACAACAAGUGGUUCACCAAACUCACGAAGAACCAGAGAUGGCAGUGAUGGAGCGCCCUGAUGUAAUCCCUGAUAAUCAAGUGCUCGAGGAAGCUCGUGCAGAGCCAGUAAUGGAGCAACCUCCAGAAGAUCUAGAUCAAAACCCAGACGACCAAGAGCCAGUUGGAGAAAUUCAAGAACAAGAGGUUGACCAAAUUGAUCAAGAACGGGAGGUUGACCAAAUUGAUCAAGAACGGGAGGUUGACCAAAUUGAUCAAGAACGGGAGGUUGACCAAAUUGAUCAAGAACGGGAGGUUGACCAAAUUGAUCAAGAACGGGAGGUUGACCAAAUUGAUCAAGAACGGGAGGUUGACCAAAUUGAUCAAGAACGGGAGGUUGACCAAAUUGAUCAAGAACGGGAGGUUGACCAAAUUGAUCAAGAACGAGAGGUUGAGGGCUCUAUUACGAAUUCACCGCGCCCCCCUGGACAGUAA